UCACACAUUUCCUGAAAACGCCCCGUAAAUGAGACGGGGGGGGGGGGGACUUUAGUGACUCUGAAUAAUAGAAAAAUAAUAAUAUUAGAGUGGCGCUGUUGUUUAUUCAGUAAAGGUGGGUUGGGCACAAGCUAAAAUCUGCGCCAUAACUUUUCUGCCUCUCUCUCUCAUUCUCUUUCUCCUCCUCCUCUCGCUCUCACACGCACACGCACUUACACAGCCUUCACUUCAGCGUCUGCUGCCACAGUUUCCUCCGUCACAACAACAACCACCGACCAAGGUCAGUGACAGUGACCGCCCACGGGAUCUGUCAACGCGGUGCAAAACCCUCUACGGAACCCUGGGAAGGCAGGGCAGAGUCGCCUGCAGUACCAUUGGAGUCGGAUACAAGAGUUGAGAGCACCACGACUUUGCAUUGCAGUGUGGAUAGAGAAAGAAGUCCGGACAGGAAGGCAGAGAGCCGACCAUGAAACUGUAAACGUAUUUUUUAUCCGUUCUUUUUAAAUAAAAAAAAAGGAUUUGGAAGAAGUACAAUCAUGUUGGGAAAUCAAGGAACAUACGCUACCAAGAAGAGGAAGAAGCCUGCUUUGAAACCAAAGAAAAUCUCUGAGAGCAAUGAGGUUGUUAAAUCAAACCCUUCAAAACGACACCGGGAUCGACUGAAUUUGGAGCUGGACCGGCUGACGGAUCUCCUGCCCUUUACCAAUGAUGUCCGCUCUCGUCUAGACAAACUGUCAGUUCUUCGACUCAGUGUGGGAUACCUGAGAGUCAAGAGCUAUCUUAAAGCGUCCACUAAAACCAACGGCAACAGUCUGACGUUUCCUGCGCCGAAUGGAAAAAACGGACAGAAUGGGAUGAACAUGGAUACUGCAGAAUUUUCUGAGGGAGACCUUCUGCUCCAGGCACUAAAUGGAUUUGUGAUCGUCAUCACCUCCGAUGGUUUGGUGUUUUAUGCCUCUACCACCAUUAAGGAUUACCUGGGCUUUCAUCAGUCAGAUGUGGUUCAUCAGAGUGUGUUUGACCUCAUUCACACCGAUGACCGGGACCUCUUCAGAGAGCAGCUGCACUUUGCUAUGAAUCCUUCACCAGCUGGAGCUGGUGGAAAUGGCCUCCAGGGGACGACCAUGUUGUACAACCCCGAGCAUCUUCCUCCAGAAAACUCCUCCUUUCUAGAGCGAAGCUUCAUGUGUCGUUUCCGCUGCCUUUUGGACAACUCCUCUGGCUUUCUGACCUUGAAGUUCCAGGGGCGACUGAAAUACCUCUAUGGCCAAAAAGACAAUCAAAGCAACAAGUUUCAGCUGGCACUUUUUGCCAUUGCUAUACCUAUCCAACCUCCCUUGAUUGUGGAGAUUAGAGCGAAAAUGCUUCUUUUUCAAACAAGACACAAACUGGAUUUUACACCUACAGGCAUCGAUUCCAGGGGAAUGGUUGUUUUGGGCUAUUCAGAGAUUGAAAUCAGCAUGAAAGGCUCUGGCUACCAGUUCAUCCACGCUGCUGAUAUGAUGCACUGUGCCACCAAUCACAUGCGCAUGAUUAAGACUGGUGAGACUGGACUGACAGUUUUCCGGCUCCUCAGUAAGUCCAACAAAUGGGUGUGGGUGAAGUCCAAUGCCAAGUUGAUCUACAAAGGAGGGAGACCGGAGUUUAUCAUUGCAUACCAGAAAGCCAUAGAAAACACAGAGGGUGAGGAAUAUUUGCGCCAGAGGAAGAUGGAAAUUCCCUUUAGCUUAUCCACAGGAGAAGGCGUUCUCUACAACACGGGCCCCACGGUGGACCUCUCUGUGUAUCAGUUCAACAAGAAAUUCAGCACAGAAGGCAUGAGCAAGGAUGUGUCACCUGGUUCCUUGGUGGACUGCUUUUUGAAGCAGGAUGAAGAAGUGUACAGUGAGUCAUUGGAGCCCCCUCCGACUGUGGAUCAGGUGUUCAGUGAAAGCAGGGCCCUGGUCACUGUUCAAAAUGACCCGUGGCAGGAGGGUGGUGUGGUCAACCCAACGGGCACCAACAUGGUUGUGAAAAAGGAGGCCAAGCAGUCUGUGAUGGCUGUGAUCGACAACCUGGAAAGAUUAGUCCAAAGUGGCGACUUUUAUGGGGCACUUCAAAACAUGGACGUUAGCAGUGACGAGCUAAGGGAGUGGGAAAGCGCUCUGAAGGGGCUGGGUCAUGAUGAGGAUCAACAAAACAAAGUCAAGUCUGACCUGGACAGCAUGCUCACCAAUGAUAUUUUUGACUACAUUGACAGCAUUUUGUUACAGGAGAAAGGAGGUGACAGUGUGAACUCAAUCAAUCGACCCAACCUGUUCCCGCCCGUUCCCUCCGAGCUCUGUGGAUCAGGAUUGUUUAAGACCCAAAGUCCUAAUCACGGUUUCUCGCCAAAGAAUGGACUCUACAUUCACCAGGAGAACCCCGUGCCAACUAUCAUGGAGACUUCUCCGAUUGUAAAUGGCACACAGAAACUCACCCACCAAGGACCUCUGCCUAAACACGCUAACGACAACUUGCCCCAACUUCAAGAACUACAGCUUCAAGAUAUCUUCAGCCCAUCCAUCGAAAUUCCAGAGAUUGUCCCUUGUGCCGUAAACGGUGACUCCCUGGCCCCCUUGCAGUCUUGUGCGCAGGGAGCCUACAGCCACAUUGAGUGUCCGCAGGGGAUUUCUGGACAGACACAGUCAAAGCAAUGCACAGUUUGGCCACAGAACGGUUUAAAGUCCCCUCAAAUAUCGAUGAAUGGCCACAUGCCACAGAGCUCUGUUCAACCUCCAAACCAUAUGGCACCUGGCAUGCUGGAUAUUUUGCCACCCCUAAUUCCUUGCAAAGACUUAAGUAUCUCCCCUGCUCCUAACAUUACCCUCCCUUUUGGCGCACCUUGCCCACAACAAAUGUCUUCUGUUGACACCCAUAAGAUUCAGCAGUGGCCGCAGGGCAAGCAGCAGAAGUUGCCUUGCAAUGGCGCCUUACAAACUGGACACGCACCAAUGCCAGUUUGUGAUGGACAGUCUUUACAAAGCCAAACAUUCCCGCAAAACAGUCCCUGGCAGAGCAGCAGCAUGAGCCACAUUCAGCAGGGAGGGAUGGCUUGUGGCCAGGCAGCUACUGAGGGGAACUGCAUUUUCAACCAGCACUUUUCCUCCACCCCAGCAGGGGCCGACAUGCUGGCCCUCUCUGGAAGCUCAAUCUUGAGGGAGCCAGAAACACCUCUCAGUCAUAGUGCUCUUCAAGGUUUACACUGCUUCCAGUGGAGACAAGUUGAGUCAACGUUAAGCACUUCAGCCAUCACUUUGGACAACGUCAAUGUCUUUUCAGCCACCGAGCAGGCUCUUAAAGUACAGCAAUUCAAGGAAAACCACCAACAAACACAGGUGAACGAGUUCAUUCUAAAAUACAGUGGAACCUCCAGUUACGAGGAUAAUCCGUUCCAGGACCGAGCUCGUAUCUCGAAUCAUUUUUUCCCCUAAGAAAUAACAGAAAAAAAAUUAAUCCAUUCCGGCCCCUUGAUUCCGUAGUGUACCUUACACGUACACUACGAAACUUACAUAAACUUAACAUUUACUUACACUUCUUUUUUUUUUACUUUAGGAUGGUACAUAUCGUGGAUGUACUGCGAUCUUAUGUGCGUGCUCUAUCACUUAUGUUGGGACCACACUCAUAUAUAUUGACUCACCACCAUCCUUACCACUCGUGAAGAAUAAUCCACAAAAUAGAGAGAAAAUCAUGGAAGCGAUACUUACUGAAGUCGACGAACAUGUGAAGUGAACAAGUGAAGCGGCGUGGGCUGCUCCGAGUGCUUGGCCACCUAGCGUCGGCGUCUGUAAGCGUGCUCGUAUCUCAAAUCUUUACUCGUAUCUCGCAGCAAAAAUUUGCUCGAGUGCUUGCUCGUAUCCCGAAAUACUCGUCGUUGAGACGCUCGUAGGUUACACUGUAUCUUUGAAGUUAUAUUUCAAUACAGGCAUGUCAUGAUAUUUACUGACGAAAUUUAGAAUUAAAUUGGAUUUAAUAAUAUCCUGACACUAUUUUUUCAUUCUGUGAAGGUGGAGCUCAAACAAACAUUAUGUUUACAAAAAUACUCCAUUUAGUAAGAUUCUAAAAAUCUUUUUUUUUUCUUUUUCGUCUACAACAGGAUGAAAGACUCUUAGCAGAACUCAAUGGAAUUUUCGCCACACCUCCUCACGAUGUCACCACGUACCUGGCAGAGUAGAGCCAAUCACGGGGGCCAGAGGGGAGGGAAUAACGCACAACGUGUAACAGUGCUUUACCUUUAGACUCGCAGUUUCUUUUUUUGUCAUGUGAGCUUUCUUAUGUUAUAUAUUUUUUUCAGGCUGUAAUGUUUAAAACAGAGCUGUUGUUUUGUCAGUUCCUGGUGAAGAUACAGUAUAGUAAUUUGAAAAAAACAAAAUAAUGAAGUAUGACGCUGAAAGUGCCUGUAUCAUGGUGGAGCUUGAUCCAGCUAGUAGCACUGGUCAAGGGAAUCCAAAUAGCCAAAGACAUCUACGUUCUAUACACUCAUAUGUUUUUAUAUAUAUAUAUAUAUAUAUAUAUAUACAUAUAUAUAUAUAUAUGUGGCUGAAGGAUGGCUUGUUUCGAUACUCAGGAUCGGUAUUGGUCAAAAUUUCAGGAUUGAACAUUGAAAGAAAACAACUUUAACCCGUACAAUCUGAUAACCUGACCCCAAAUGCUCAACUUAAAUUUGCACGACAUGCUGUAAACAGCAAUGGCAGCCCCUGGAAAUGCUGGAGGAGAAAAGAAGGUAUCAGAUUGAUCUCUGUAUCCACAGAUACUACAAAAGUUGCGGGUAUCAGACAUAAAAAAAGAUGUAUCAAGCCAUUCCUAAUAUAUAUGUAUAUGUGUGUGCGCGUGUGAGGGUAACCACAGUCAUCAUGUUGUCCCUGGAUAUUUAGGACACUUAUGUCCCAUAAUCCUUCACUUUAAACGUGUGAUUUAUAUGUAAACUUAAGAACAGUCACUGAAAGUGACAUCUACCUGAAAACACAGCUGUACAAUCAAUACAGGUUAAACUCUCUGUAAACCAUGAAAACCAUAAAUGUGGUUGAUAUAUAUUCUAUAAAAAAACAAUUUGUACUUUGUUGUAUAUUCUAUAUUCAUUUUUUUAAGUAAGUUUGUGUUGGCUGACAAAAGAAACCCAUAGGAACAGAAUGAGACAAUUUGUCUGUGUAGGAAGAGGGGAAAUGGCUUUUUUUAGAUUUACACAUUGGGCUGCUGCUGCGCCUGCGCCUGCGGCUGCUGCUGCUGCCGCUGCUGUCGUAAAUGCCAGUGUCUACAUUUAGUGCAUUGUUACUUCUUUUUUUAAGUGUCUAAACAGGAAAGAAGUAACGCCGCAGAAGCGUUUGUGUGAGUGAACUUUACACGUCCCAUCUGUGAAAUCCAAAUUUGUGUAGUUAUUGUUUAGUAGGUAAAAGAAAAUACUUACUACAGUGGACUUAAAGUCAAUUUAUUCACUUGCUAGGAAUCUACAGAUUCUAGAUCCUAGAACUUUAAACAGAGCAAUGUAAUUGCUCCGAGCCAGGUUAACCAAGUAAUGGCUAACGCAUUAAGCUACAUAAUUAAAAAUAUCCAAGUGAUCACUUAAAGUGAGGUCUGGAUUUUCUAAUGUUGCGCAACCAUAAAAGUAAGCCAAAAUGACUCAAACAAACCAAAAAGAGGAGCCAGAAAAAGACCUAGACUUUAACCAACUACAGUUGCAGCAAAAUAUCUGAGAUUAGUUCCAACCCAAAUUUUAACGAAUAGUUCACAACACAAAUCGGUAACUAAAAGUUAGCCAAGAAUGGCUAAAAGUUGUAUCAGAAUUAUAAAAUACAAGCAAAAAAGGACAUGAUUUAGCCAGGACAGGUGAAAGUUUAAACUAAAUUAGCACUUAAACCCAGAAGACAAUGCAAAUACUUUGGUGGAAUAAUAUGAUGGAUGACUUUUUAAAAUAAAUGAAUAUAUUAGAAUGAAUAUAUUAGGACACAAGUCAAUGGAUGAUCAGAAACCAUACAUGAUCCAUGACUGGAUCCUGAACCGCAGUUUAAAUACGCCUGCUCUAAAAUACUUCUGUUACUACAGCCAUGUUAUAAAUGUUUGAAAACACUAAGAUAUUUAAGUGUAUUUUCUUAAUACACCAAUAGGGAAUAAAUUAGGGAUAAAAUAAUAAUAUAGUUUUCUUUCUUUUUUUUUGCACAAACUUCUGAUAAAGCCAUCCUUCAUGUCUGAAACCAAAAACUUUUAUCUGCCUCCACUUCUGCUGCCGCUCUGCUUCUGAGAGGCUUUUACCAAAAACUUUCCAAACGUAUCCAUAUUUAUGCAUCUACCUUUACAUUCAUUGCCUCACAGCCAUGUACAGUAUUUGGUCUCAUGUCUUCUUGCUUGAUAGGCAGCCGUUAAACUAUCAUUAUACAGUACAUUGUAAAUAUACAUAUAUUUGUGCCUUGUAUUCAAACGUUUUCUUCACCAGCUCUUGAAUUUUUUGGCCAAUCCAUGCACUACAGUUUCUGUAAAUUAUUCAAGUUGUUUCCUUGAAUGCAUUUCAAGGCUGGUUCAAGGAAUUUCCCCGGAGUUAUUUUUUUUUUCCGCAACUAGGAACCAACAUCCUUAACAAGGACGAAAAAAAAUAUAUCAGUUUGUGUAGAGAUUAAUUAAAGAAACAAACUCAUGCAAGGACUUUAUUUUUUCCAAGAGUUUGGAGAAAUGACCAGGAUUAUUGUCUGUUUUUCCUAUUUUGACUCCUGAGCCUUGAAAUGGCAGCUUGAUCAUAUUUCUGUCAUACUAUGGGAAAAUCACACAGUAUUUUUAACUUUUCCUAUUUACCCAGGAUUAUACUAUGAACGUAGCCACCUAGAUCUUAAUCCUGCUGGCUUUCUUCAAACUAGAACCUCCUUCGCCCCCCUUGUGGAGAAUCUCUUCAUUUAAGUCAGACUCUAUGUUGCUUAAUAAGAACAUCUGCUAAACAACCCCAUGUCAGGCUCUCCAGACGCGUCAUGACCCUAAAGAUCGUACAUCAUGGUGAUGUUGAUACUUUUGACAACUAACACGUGCCUUGACAGUUACCUGUUUUUAUGUUAUUUCUACAAGAACUACUCACUUCCAUGUAAUACUCAUCCAUUUAGCCAAAAACAUCCUAUUUUAUAAAUAUAUAUAUGUACAAUAAUCCAAUGUAUGCUUAAUAAAUAACCACCUUUUGUCUACUGUUAAAUGCUCUUUUUCAUAUUAAUAUCUGUGUGCAAUGAUUA